CCCGCGCCCGCAGGAGGCCUGAGUUGCAUUCAGCCGCCGUGCGAGGGAGGAGCAGGCGAGCCCGAGGCCUGCGGCCCAGGCGGUGGGGUGGUGGCGGCCGGCGCCGCCGGGCAGCGGCCUGCGCCGGGAGCGGGCGCCGAGAUGGCGUCUAACUUCGACGUGCAGGACCGGGCCAGCUGGUACUUCGGGAGCAUGAGGCGGGACGAGGCGGUGUCGCUGCUGCAGGGCCAGAGGCACGGCACUUUCCUGGUGAGGGACAGCCGCACCAUCCCCGGCGACUACGUGCUGAGUGUGAGCGAGAACUCCAAGGUGUCGCACUAUAUCAUCAACAGCCGGCCGCAGACCGGCCCCGGCCCCGGCUCCGGCUCGGCCCGCUUCCGCAUCGGCGACCAGGAGUUCGAGCACCUGCCCGGCCUGCUGGAGUUCUACAAGAUCCACUACCUGGACACCACCACCCUGCAGGAGCCGGUGGCCAGGCCCCCGCACCUCGGGCUCGGCCCCGGCGGCCCUCGGCAGCACUCGGACGCCGAAUUCGUCCGCGCCCUCUUCGACUUCCCGGGCAACGACGAGGAGGACCUGCCCUUCCAUAAGGGCGACCUGCUGCGCGUUAUCGACAAGCCCGAGGACCAGUGGUGGAACGCGCAGAGCGCCGACGGCCGCUGCGGCAUGAUCCCCGUGCCUUACGUGGAGCGGUGUCGACCCAGCUCGGUGCUCGGGCCGGCCGGCAGCCCGGACAGCUCGCAGGCUGCGUCCCCGCAGCAGCAGCCGGGCGGCGGGCAGCAGGAGUUCGGGCCCUACGCCCAGCCCAGUGUCAGCACCCCGCUGCCCAACCUGCAGAACGGGCCGGUCUACGCCCGCGCCUUCCAGAAACGGGUGCCUAAUGCGUACGACAAGACGGCGCUGGCCCUGGAGGUUGGGGACCUAGUGAAGGUAACCAAGAUCAACGUGAGUGGCCAGUGGGAAGGAGAAUGUAAUGGCAAACAUGGUCACUUCCCUUUCACCCAUGUCCGGCUUCUGGACCAACAGAACCCUGAGGAGGACCUAAGCUGAGUGGAUUUGUUUUAGGAAAAAAACAAUGAUUUGAAUUGCAGUUGGGAACAGACUUUCUACGGUUCCAUUUUCCGACAAACUCCUCCCCACCCAGAUCCACACCCCAAGACUUUGUUCCUCUAAUGUUUACAUUAGCCCAGUAAGAUUGCAGUUAACUUGGCUAUGGAACACCCUGUCUAUGAAACUGUUUGCAGGUUGCAGUUUGCAGUGACAGUGCUGGUCUAUGCUUUUGUCACUUCACCUUUUUGAUUUGAGGGUUAUGUUGUUCAUUGGUGUGUAACGUGCACAUAAUGAGCAGCUUUGUUGGAGUUAAGAACAAUCAGAGCUUCUUCCCUAACUAAUUGAUAUCCCUGCAAGUAUUGUGGCUGUUAACCUGGAUGUAUGUGUGAGAUUUGUUUUAAAAAAAAGGCAAAUGGAACUCCCCUUUAUGGUCAAGUGAGCAAUAAUGGCUCUAGUGCAACACUAAACUAUGCAGAGCAUCUGCUCUCAGUUCUGCUCUGUGCUGAGUUAGCAGAGGAACCACGAUUAUCUUUGGUGCCCCUGAAUCAGAAAAGGGAGUAAAGAGAGAACCAUCCCCAGCUUCUGUUGUCAUCCAGUGCCCCUGCUGAAACACCCUAUUUGUGGUCUUUGGAUAAAGGUGUGAUCAAGGUCUGCAAUUAUGCCUUGUAUCAAACUGGCAGCUGGCUGCUCAACUGCACAAGAGUGCUUGUUUGUAUGAAGUAUCAGUAGUAGAGCAGGUAAAAUGACAACAGCCUCUCUUACAUGAUCUCACACAACUUCACAGUUCAUGGCUACAAAUAAUAAACACUACUGGAUAGGGAUGUAUCACGCUACUUUUAGCUAAGUAAUAUGCAAAUAAUUGUACAAAAUCACUUAUGUGAAUCACUUCAAUCAUGGUAAAUGAUUUUAUUUUGGAGUAACCAUUAAAGAGACACUACUUUUGUCUGGGCAACUGAUAAUGUCCACCUAGGUGGAACUUAAUGGCUGUUUGAACAUGUGAACAUCUCACUAUCACCUUUUUUUUUUGGUGAACUCUUAAUAAUGGUUGUUCUACAGUUUGAACAUUUGGCUGUCUAAAUGUAAAAACAUCAAAUGCCACUUAAUCUUCUUGCAGCCCUCUUCCAAGAUAGUUUUGCCAAUUAAAAACCCUAAAUAAUUCUCAGAUUUUAAAAGAAAUGCAAGUGUAGUUUGUGUUCUAACUUGCUGCCACAUAAAAUAGGAAACACUACAAAAACUAAUGCUAAACAAUGGGAGGGUUGGGAGGGUUUAAGCAAGUUUUGAUUCUGUUUGCUAAUGAUGUGCAGCCAGUUUGUGGUGGGGGACAAGGGCAAUGAAUUAAUCAUUUGUUUUGUCUUCUGAUGAACUUGUGCCUAAUGUCCAAUUAUUAAUCUAUACUUUGGCAUUCCAAAGAUUCAUGUUUCUCAAUGGUGUCAAUGAAAAUGCUCUCUUGUUAUCAUACAGUACCUAUAUCCUGGCACAUUCCUUAGACUAUUCCUCCUUGCAGACUGCUUACUGGACCCCAGGAUAUCGAGUCUUCCAGUUGUUACUUUUCAUGAAGCCCCAUUGCUCACCUGAAGCAAAUGCAAGUUGCAUGGCACAAUAAAAAUCUAAAGAAUUGUACUGGAAGAUGUAAAGGAAGAACAAGUCCUUCAUCUUCUGAACUGACCUGAGUGUCUUAAUCUCUUAUGUUACGUUUGACAUAUAGCGCAGUUAAACAUAGCAGCUGUACUAACAUUUUACAAAUGUUUUCUCUGAAAUGAUUUUACUUUUAUAACCUUAUUUCAAUUUCUGUUCUGAUUUCAGAUUGUAUUGAAAUUCUGUAAAAAGUAAAAAAAAUUGCUGUGUUUAAGAACUGUAACAAAAUCCAGACAUGUAUUUAUUGUUUUAGGGUUGCUGUGACCACUUUUCCUUAGAGCCAAUGGCUAUGAGUGUUUAUAAAGGCUGCAGUAUACACCAUGGAAAUGGUGUGCUGAGCAGAUAUCUGAUGGCACCAGGACCUGCUCCUGAAGUGCUUGUAUACUGAUUCUUGGUAAAGGCUGGAAAUGCCAAAUGAGGGGGAUGGGAGGGAGAAUUUGGUUCAGUAGGAUAAUGAGCAUCAAAUCUAAAUAUUUAGUGGCCAAAGAUUCUAUGCAAUUUAUUGUCAUAGGCCUAUGAUUUCUGGUAGUCUUUCAGUAAGUGGAUUUCUUCUCUGCUCACCCACCCCCUGUGGCCUCUCCACCCCCAAACAAUGUGAUAUUAGAAUGAGCUUUCAUUCAACACUGGGAUUUGUGAUAACCCUUUUCUUGAGAGACAUUAGAAAAUGGAGAUUGAACAUGUAUCUCAACUGCCAUUGAUAUUCAGCAGACGUCACGUAAGGACAUGGCUCCAUUUUUUCAAAUAUAUCUCAGAUGCAUAAGUGAGUUUUUAAACGUCCCCUGCACCAAUUCCACCCCCCUCUCCCCAAGUUAAGGAAUUAUGAUGAGGAUAGUUUGGGUUUCACCUGAGUAGUGUAUAAUCAUGGUGUGAAAAUGUGCUUGAGGAAUUUUUGAAUUGUCUGCAUACACACUUUGCUUUGACAGACUGAUAUUAAAUUGGGUGGAGAGAAGUGAGUGGAUGGCAUAUAUUUAUCUUCAGAUACCGCUUUCUCUGUGUUGUCAGGUUAGGGUGGAAAUAAUGUGAAUGUAGGUGCCUUUGACUUUCUUGAGAUGUUCAGUGUAUGCAUUGACUUCCAAUGCUUAAAUUGUUCAUUUAUAAAGAGCAUCUAAAGUAGGAUACAUAUUUCCUGUCCAAAAAAAAUUGGCAUAAGUUAUGGAGAUAGCUGCUACCAGCCAGCAACGAUCUGAUAAAGGCAGGAGGAAACGAGGAGGUGAUAAGGCAGGGGGUUGGGGUGAUUGGGGGAAAAUAGGAAUAGUCGGUAUAAGCUCUUGGAGACAGGAGGCUGUAUACACUAGUGCUUGUUGUCUCUAUUUUUCUUAACUACACCUUGUAAAAGACUGAAACAGAUAUGCCAAAGGUGGAAAAUGUCACUUGUAAGUAUUAAUGAUGUGGGCUUUGUUUCCCUGUUGGUCACUCUGCUCACCCUAACUGCAAAAUGCACAACCUGGGUUUGUAAUGCAUCAGUGCUUAUCAGUAUUUGAAUCUUCAAGUCAUCUUGCCUUCAGUAAACACUAUUACUGAUGGAAAUUGUAUGAAUAGUAUGAAGUUUGAUAAUUCAAAGAGGACCCUGUAGAUAUUGAAGUUUUUAUAAUUCUGGGAAUCUUCUCUAUAGCUAAGCUUACUGAAUGAAGUUGUCCAACCAUUGGAUGAUCUGCAAUAAUCCAUUCUUCACAAAAGAAUGGUAACUUCCCCUUCCUGUGCGUCCCUGCCAAUGUUUGAGUAAAGCCAUUGUUGGGCAUGGCUCAUGACUUCUGUUUAUUUUUAUUGUCCCAUGAUCAUUUUUGCAUUGCUCCACUGUAGAUCAUCUUGGAACUCAAAGCCCCCAGGCUGAUGCUCACCUUUCCAUUUACCAGCCAGUCUAAAGAUUACCACAAGUCUGUGAUUGAUCUAUUUGAUUCUUCCUGACACAACUGUGUCAGCAAGUUAAUAGAGCUUUCCCAAUACCUUAGUAGUAAGCCCUUGUAAAAAGUAUGUCACUUAAGAGAAAUGGGUGUGUUCUUGGUCACAUUCUAGAAUGGGUUGAAUAAUGCAGUGAUUCAUUGGUUAAGUGUUUUAAAUGUGGUUUAUUUCACAUCCGGCUCAUACUAAGUCCUUGUUAUUACAAUUUUGUAGCUGUGUGCAUUUUCUCCAUGGACUGCCUUCAAUUGCACUGCUGGUAGCUCAGUUAAAUGCACAUUCCACCCAUGAUCUCUUUGGCAGGGUUACCGUACCCAAUUGUUAGUCACUGGAACGUAGUGAGAGCAUCUGCAGGUGAUUAGCCUGCCAAUCUUCACAUGAAGAGCCUGUGGAAUUGAUUCACCAUUCUUGCUUUGAGGCAGGCUAGAUGAACAAUGAGGCAAUAGUCUUUACUGAUAAAAGGUGGAGUAAACCUGGGCACAAUUUCAUUGUCACAGUCAGUUGACCAGCACUGAUGUGCAGCCUGUGGAACCAAUACUUCCCGAAUCUCUCCUGGUGGUGGCAUCUUCAACUGCAGAUUUAAUUUAUUUUUUUCUCGGCAGGCAAGAAUAAAUCUGCUUGUGCAAGUGAGCCGGUUGCCUGGGUUAGAGACUAGUGGAAAUUUGCAGUGUGUUUUACCUUUGUGGUUGAAUUUAAGGUGUUACUGAUAUUCCAGUGUUACUCAAACCCAUGAUUGUAAUCUGUUUAUUAAUGUAUUUGAACCCUCAUGGUGCAAAUGCUCUUGGUCUGGUAACCAGUACCUUCACACCUUAAACUCCCUCUUACAGUUCCUGUGGUAAAAGAUGAUUAAACUGCUUCAAACAUAGAAAAGUACUGAUAAAGUGGAAAGCCACUGCUAUCGUAUUUUGCUCCAUUGAUCCUUUAAUUUACUGCACCUGAAGAAAAAUUAUUUGAGAGUGCUGCAGGCCUUUUUUUUACUUACAGUAUUGUGUGUUGUCUCAAGUUUUGGGGUGGUGGGGGAGGACUUGAUUUCCUUUCCCUACUUGCCCUUGUGUAUUUGAUGCAUGAAAGUUAAUGGAAUUGGAGUUUAAGUCUGUUAUUUUGUAAGAUAAUUAUCCCAAAUUAAACUGGUACAGGUACAGCUUAUGUGCAGAGUUUGAUAUCAAAGCAAUGUGAUGUCCCAGAUGUUACAGGAUUGCAAGAAGCCAUUUGGUCCAGAUGGCAUGUAUCUCAGAUAUAAUAGCCUUCAAAUAAUUUUCUUCCUCCAUCCCUUUAAAAAAAAAUUCUCAAGUAUUUAAUACAAUUCCAUUUGAAGUUCUACAGUCGCUGUCCAAGUAGUGUUUCUCCACACUUCCUACACCUAAUGCAUUGCUUCGCUAAACCGUCUAUGCCAUCCAUGAAUCUAUAAAUUCAGUUUAUUCUCAUUCUGAUUGUGGUAUUUAAGAAUUUCUUUGUGGUCAUCAAAUACUCAGAAAUACUCAAACAGCCUGGGCUUGUCUUGCCUCAUGGGCCCAUCACUAAAUAUUAAAGUGACUAAGAUAAUGAGCUCACAGCCACAUGCACGGAUAAAUCUUUUUGUUAACUUUCUUUUGGCCGCUGAUUACACAACUAAAACGCUCUUAUUUUGAAAGAUUUUUUUAACACUUUAUUUUCUAAUAGUUUAAUAAUUGAAUUGAAAUCAAAUGUUUAGUGUUAUUAACUGGUAAGGAGGACCAAAGUCCUGCCCAGUAGUUACUAUUUCUACAGUGUGGCCUGCCACUGAUCUGAGGUGGAGAGGUACUGAAUGUAACUUACAAAUAGUUUUGCUGCUGGCAGAGGCAAAUGGUAAUAAAGACCCACACUCUGGACUGUCUUAGCUGCAGUUCUCAGGAUUCCUUUGAGUUUGAGUACAGCAUUAACCACUUCCCUGCUGGGCGUUGUAUGUCCUGCAUAACUGUGACUGGCAGUCAAAAAAAUAAAAUGGUGAAUAAUCAGUCCCUGAACACUUGAUAUUCCACCCUAUUACAAAGUACAAAAAUUGUCUGACUUGCAGGAUACUGUUUGACUGCAGGGUUGGUAACUUUUUGUCAUUAAUGCUGGACUUGCUGAGAAAAUCAUUGAGCAGCAUCAGUUGUCACUACACAGGCUUGAUCUACCCAAAUCGACGUAACAUGAGCUGUACAAUGGAAAUGUGAAGUUGCUACAGAGAGGGCAAGUGCAGGGACAACCCACAAAGCAUUUGAAUGUGCUCAGUAUGCAUUUUCCUUCACCCCAAAGUUAUGCAGCAAAUCGAGCAGUAUGGCGGGGGAGGCAGUUUUGGAACGAGAGCUUUCCAGCUGAUGGAGAGGUUGCACAGCGGAAAGAUCUUGGUUAUUGUUUUUGGGUUAUCAUGGCAUUGUGGUGCUGCGUAGGACUAUGUAUUUCUAAUAUUUUAUAUAUUCCCCUCCACUUUAUAUGGUAGUGACCAUUCUCCUGAGUUUUCAGGGGAAUGUGAUUCCUGACCAAAUGUUUUGAUACCUGACACCUCUCUGCAGUGACCAAUGGCACAAUGACUUGCACCACAAAUACUUCUGGCCCUCCAAUAGUUAUACAGUUUGAAUGUACUUAGCUCUUUAUGUAGAGAAGUAAAACAUGGACAUACUAAUCCAAGCGCUGCUUUGUCUCUGACCUAUUGGAUUAAUGUUCCCUGAUGAGCCCAUUUCCUUGACUGGGAGAUGAGCAAACUAGCCCUCACCCCACCCAUCCUGCCAAUUAAGAAAUAAACUCUGCAUUUCCCUGGAGCUCAGUGGGUGAGAGCAUUUCCUGUUAAGGUAUUGAGAAACAUGCAGGUUGCGGUGCAAGUCUUGAGAUGGAGAAAAAGGGGUGAAAGGAGGUGCAUCUUCCUGCCCUACCCAGCAGGGACCACUGAAGAAACCACCUUAAAGGGCAAGACUAGCUGUUCCACCCCAUCCCCGUUCCACCAGACUUCCCAGGCUCCCAUGUGAAAACACUGAGUGCAGAGUUGCAUGGGGGCUUCUGUUCCCUGCCAUUCAUCAAUUUUUAAUGAUCUGUAAUUGCAGCCAUAUUAAUUUUCUAUCUUGUCUGUGCCAUAGGCAGGAUGUUCGGUGUGAAGCCUGCCUGCCCAAGGGUGUAGGUUAAUUGUUUCUUGCAUUACCUGGGCAUUUGAACCAAGGUGGGAAUCUCAGAUUCCUAUCCCCUUCCCAGUCCUUGCAUUGCUGCUGCAUCAGCUGAUUUCAGCACAUCUUGGUGAGAUGGGGUUAGUGCCACAUUCUUGUUCAGUGUCACUGGUUUGGGAAAUGAACAGGAGGUUGAGCUGGACAUUAGUUGGAAUUGGAUGGGGCUUCACUGUGGGUCUAUGCUGCCCCACCCGGAACCUGUGUUAAAACAGCUGGCUGGCAUUUUGGCUAAAGUGCAGAAAGCUGCUGGUGUAAGUGCAAUUGUACCCUGUCCACCAGCUGGUGCUAUUAUGGGAAGAAACUCAGGGUGGCUUAGACACAGUAAUUUGUUUACAGACUUCCAGUGGGUAAGACUAACUUGAUGCAGCCGGUGAGUUAGGAUGGGUUGGGCACCACUGUAACCACACUGCUGCUAAUUUGAUCAUUGUCUAUGGGACUAACUUGAGAAUUGUCCAAGCAUUAAACGUUGAUGUGUUUUUCCAUUCAGACCUCCUAUUCUGGGGUUCUGUUGAGGACCAAGCCUGCAUCAUUCCAAACAUGACCUGCAGUUAUUACAGGACAUAAUUUUUUUUAUUUAAAAUAACACAUUUCCAUCUUCCAAUUAAUGUUUCUACCCACUGACAGAGAACAAAAUUGAGGGACCCUGGUUACUUGCCAUGGUGAAAGGGUUUGAGUUCUGGCUGGUUUUACAUCAUUGUUUUCCUACAAGAACUAUCCAUAUGGACUAUAACACUGUUUUCCCUCAGUAAAUGUCAAUCAAUGUUUCAGAUGCUCUUAUUUUUGUAAUUGUACUGUACCUUGUCAAGCUGUUGGGAUGGGGAAUUCUGGGUUAAUACUGUGGAAAUCUUAUUGCAUUGUUAAUAUGAAGAGAUGUACCAUCUACAACACUAUAUUCUCCAUGACAAUUAAAAUACACCUUUAUUUUCUGUAGCAUGUACUGUAAUGUAUGUUUAUUAUACCUAGCAAAUAAAUCACUUUGGAAAUGA